ACCAUGUAGCCUGGGCAGAAGGAGACCAAACUUCAAUAGUAGAAUGCUGAAAAAACUGCCCUGAAACAUGGCUUUUGUAGCUAGUUCCAAAUGAGUCAUGAGCGGCUCUGAAGACACCGAAAUUGAGGAAAAGAACGAAGCAAAUUAUACAAAAAUUAACGAGUCUGUUGUAAUGGCAGAAACCAAAAUAUUAGAAGAAAACAAAUUAACUUCGGAUAAAAAUGUACAGAUGAAAAUUAACGUGGAUUCAGAAAAAAAUGAAUCCAUAGACGAAAAUGUUGUGACAAAAGUAUUAACAGAACGAACAUCAAUUAAUUCUAUAUCAUCAAAUGAAAAUGAAAUUCUAAAAAAAUGCUUUGAUUCAGAAAAUACUUUAGAUAAUAGUGAACGAGAUAUGAGAGUGGUAAUGGAGAAAAUGUCGAAGUCAUCUAAUGGGAAUGAAAUCAGAAACUCAGACAAGCCAAGACUUUGA